CAGGACGAGCCAGCUUGUGAAUUUAGAAGAAUUAAAAUCUAUAAGUACUUAAAAAGUUCAUAAAAGAAAAAGAUACAAAAGUCAAAACACUUGUAUACCUGUGUUACAAUCGUAUGCAUCGAAGUUAAAUGCACAGAAACAUUAUUGUUUGCCUUUAAAGUGAUUUUCCAAAUAAUAUUCCGUGUACAGUCUAUAAUAAUUCGUCAUAAAAUGAAUAUUAUUUAGAUGCAUAGGUGUCUGUAAACUCGAAGACACCAUGGAUGACGACGGAGACGACAAAGAUGACACAAAACGGCGAACACGUAACCUUAGCGAGAAGAAGAGGAGGGAUCAGUUUAACAUGCUUGUUAAUGAGCUUGGAUCUAUGAUCUCCUCAAGUAACCGCCGAAUGGACAAAUCUACUGUGCUCAAGUCCACAAUAUCAUUCCUGAAAAAUCAUAAUGAAGUUACUAUCCGUUCGCGAGUACACGACGUCCAAGAAGAUUGGAAGCCAACUUUUCUGUCAAAUGAAGAGUUUACAUAUUUAAUGCUCGAAGCCCUAGAGGGUUUUAUCAUGGUGCUGGCACCAGACGGUACAAUUCAUUACGUCUCCGAGAGCAUCACUUCGCUACUGGGACAUAGUUCUAACGACAUUAUCCAGACAAAUUUAUUUGAUUUAACAUAUCAAGACGAUCGCUCGAAUCUGUACAAUAUCUUACAAAAUAAUACCACAGCGGCCGAUUCAACUGUAACACAGUCUGCAGAAAAUGAAAUUCGGUUUCAAUGUCACUUGCGUAGAGGAACGUUGGAUUUCCGAGACAACGUCAACUAUGAACUCGUAGAGUUCAACGGACACUUCCGUAUGUUACAGUAUGUUGAACAGACAGACAAUGAGGAGCAUUCAGGGUAUCAGAGGGAACAAGAAUCAAGGUUACUCUUCGUAUGUACGGGCAGGCUUCACACGCCGCAUCUAAUACGCGACGUCUCACUGGUUGACCUCAAUCGAAGCGAAUUCACAUCUAGACAUAGUCUGGAAUGGAAGUUCCUGUUCCUGGAUCAUCGUGCGCCGCCUAUAAUAGGGUACCUGCCGUUUGAAGUGUUGGGCACCUCCGGAUACGAUUAUUACCACUUCGAUGAUCUGGAGAAGGUUGUUACGUGUCACGAAGCAUUGAUGCAGAAAGGCGAGCUGACUUCGUGCUACUAUCGGUUCCUGACGAAGGGUCAGCAGUGGAUCUGGCUGCAAACGCGGUUCUACAUCACGUACCACCAGUGGAAUGCGAAACCCGAGUUCGUCGUUUGUACGCAUCGAGUUGUCAGUUACGCCGACAUCGCGAAGAGUACGAAGCAAGAGAGCGGGGAUUCCGAGCAAGUGACAGAAGCGGAACAGAACGAUGACAUAUGUGAGACCCCCGGCUCGGAACACGUCCUGGACACGGUAUCAUCAUCAUACAUGACUGAGAACAGCGAGACAUUCGGUGACUCGUAUCAGACUCUGUCGCAGCCGUCGUCAGUGAAAUCGACGUCGGGCAGCACAACGGGCACGCCGACGGCGUCUGGCAGCGCCGCGUGGUCGCGCGUCACGUCGCAAGUGUGUUACUCCGAGUCCGACCGCGCUUCAAUGUCCAGCGAGUCGCGAUCCUCGCAUCGCACCAACACGAGAGAUGAAUGUAGAUCUGGGUAUCAAAGCAAGUUGGAGCCGAUCCUGGUGCCGCUGCACGGCAUCGGCACUCAGUACUUGCAGCCGGCGCCGUACGUCGGCACCGUGUGCGUGCCUGCCGCCCCGCCGCUCGCGCCGCUCCCGCCCCUCUCCGUCAUGACGCACGAUCAGACGCAGAUACAGGAGCAGUUGCAGCGAAAGCACGAGGAGCUCCAGCAGAUGAUAGUGCGCCAGCAGGAGGAGCUGCGCCAGGUGAAGGAGCAGCUGCUGCUGGCCAGGCUGGGCAUCCUGCAGCCCGUCAUCAACGUUCCAAAUUCGUACGGCAACCUAGAGGAAGUUCCGCCGAACCAGCGCAUACCCCCACAGAUCCUGUACGAGGAGGCACCAUCGCGCAAUAUCACGUACGCGCAACAGAUGCCCCCCAAUAACGGAAACAAUCAACACAACCCAAACAUGCCGCGAUAAACUAACAAGUAUACGAGUACUGAAAGCCUAGCAGGUGACAAGUAAUGUAGAGUUGACAUAAUCAAACUUUUUUCACCAAAAUAAUUAUACCACUAGCUUUAUUUUAUAAGCUCUUUUUACACGCCAACUUCGUCUCGUUCGUCUUACGGCCGUUCCUAAUAUUUGAUCUAUCUCUGGUUUUGCCUUACUAGAGAUAGG